AUGCGUUACUCCGCCAUCACCCUCGUUGCCCUCACGGCGACAUCGUCUUCAGCUUUCUCUCUAUGGCCUCGCCAAAGCUCUAGCUGUCCUUCCGUCUGGACUGCCGUCGCCACCGAGCUUCAAGCCGACUUUGCUGGCUGUGGCGCGGAUGCUCACCAAGCCCUCCGUGCCCCCUUCCACGACUGCAUCAACAAUGGCUGUGACGGCAGUCUCGUUCUUACAGACGAGUGUGGAAGAUCAGAGAACGCCGGUCUCUCAGCUAUCUGCACGAAGCUCAAGGACUGGAGCGACAAGUACCAAGUCAGCGCAGCAGACAUGAUCCAAUUCGCCGGCGCACAAGCAAUCGCAGCCUGCCCGCUCGGCCCCAGAGUGCAAGCACUGGUUGGCCGCAAGGACAGCUCAAACGCCGCGCCUGUCGGGAGUGUACCCAGCAGCCGUGGCACCCUCGAAAGCAUCUUGGGCGCCUUUGCUGCGAAGGGCUUCUCAUCCGAUGAUGUCGUUGCCCUCAUGGGUGCGCACAGUGUGGCAGUCCAGUUCCACGACGACCCAUCGCAAGCUGGAAAGGGUCUUGACUCGACUCCUUUCAGAUACGACAACACCUUCUACCAAGAGACCAAGGACCGCAAGGCCCCUUACAGUCUCCAGAGCGAUCUUCUCAUGUCAAAUUCUUCAGAGACAUCAACCACCUGGUCCAACUUCGCUGAAGACGCGAACAGCUGGUCUACCGCCUUCACUAGCGCGUGGGACCGAUUCGCCGUCAUUGGAAGCGACGCCAGCAAGCUCCAAGAUUGCUCGAGCUUGGUCCCCAAUGGCUUCGUGACCACGAAGAGGCAGGCGUUCAACAUGGCUUUCACUAAGAAGAUGAGCGCCAAGUUCAGGUUGUAA